AGAGAACUUACGAGGAGAAUCGUUUGUCUCUCAACCCAAAGCAAAUGCGUAGAUGGUAUGACACAUUUGAAGAGGAAAUAUAUGCAUAUAUUGCAAUUUUGUUGUAUGCUGGAGCUGAAAAAGCCUAUGGGGUAAAAGCGAAGGAUCUUUUUCAUCCAACAAGUGUACCAUUCUACCGCGCCGUUAUGUCUCUGGAACGAUUUGAACAAAUACGACGCUUUAUACGUUUCGAUGACGGAAGAAUUAGAGCGUUUCGUCUUCAAACGGACAAAUUAGCUGCAUUUAGGUAUAAAAGAUAAAAUGUUUGAUUGAUAGGCUUACAAAUUUUUACCAAUUUUCUAGGUACGUUUGGGAUUUGUUUCAACAAAAUCUUGUUGAGUUUUACCAACCAUCAAAGGAGAUGACAGUAGAUGAACAGUUGGUCGGCUCAAGGGGAAGAUGCCCGUUCAAAAUGUUUAUGCCAAACAAGCCAGGAAAAUAUGGCAUCAAAAUGUUUUGGAUAGUUGACGCCGUAAACAGUUAUCCACUUCGAGGUGAAAUUUAUGUUGGCCAGCAACCAUGCGAUAAUCGGUCCGAUGGCAUAUCUCACCAGCUGGUAAUGCGGUUAGCUGAGAGAUAUUUAGGCAUGAAUUACAACAUAACGACAGAUAAUUAUUUUACAUCGGUACCAUUAGCCUUGGAGCUUAUGAGUAAAAGAACAACAACGAUUGGUACUAUAAAGUCCAAUAAGCCACAAUUGCCAAAGCCAUUUACACCAGUGGAUAAAAUCUUCAAGCAAACGAGGGACAAAUUUUCAAUAAAAUUUUGUUAUUCGAGAUGCUUGCAGUUGUGUAGCUACGCAAGUCACAAACAAACCUGCGUUAUUAUGGAUUACAACUCAACCAAAGGAGGAGUUGAUACAUUCGACCGUUUGGCAACAGUUUAUACCUGCAAGCGAAAAACUAAUCGUUGGCCUGUUACUCUCUUUUACAACCUUUUGGAUUGUGCAGGAGUUGCAGCGUAUAGAAUGUUUGAUGUCUGUCAGCCUAACUGGUAUUCGAGCAAGAAAAGGUCAGAAAAAAGAAAGACAUUUUUAAAAGAAUUGGCCUUUGAACUUGCAGAUAGCCAUAUCAAAAAUCGAAUAGCUAAACCAACUCUUCAAAAAAGUGUUAAAACAGCAAUGAGUUUGAUCGGGUAUGAAAGUACCUUACCGACAAUCCAACAAAACAAAGCAAAGCAACGUUGUGAUACCUGCAAGAAAGAAAAAAGGGACAACAAAACUACGGCGGCGGUCUGCGAUCUGUGCUAUGUUGCAGCUUGCAGUUAG